GUGUACGAGGGUUUAUUUCUGAACGUCUCUCAUCCCCGUAUCUCUGAACAUAUUUACAUCUCAUCCAGGGGUUAGAAGAAUAGCACUAGUCCAAUCGGAACCAUGUCUGUAGCGGGACUGAAGAAACAAUUCCACAAAGCCACUCAGAGAGUCAGCGAGAAGGUUGGAGGGGCAGAGGGAACUAAACUAGAUGUAGACUUUACGGAAAUGGAAAAGAAGGUUGACACGACCUCGAGGGCAGUAUUAGACAUUUUGACGAAGACAACGGAGUACCUUCAGCCAAAUCCAGCAACUCGUGCCAAGAUGAGCAUGAUGAGCUCCAUGUCUAAAAUUCGUGGAGGAGAUAAAGGUCCUGGCUACACACAGACUGAAACAACCCUGGGAGAGGCCAUGCAAAAGGCUGGCAGGGAACUUGGCGAGGAAUCCUGCUUUGGGGUGGCUCUGAUUGAUGUUGGAGAAGCCAUGCGAGAGCUUGGUGAAGUAAAAGAUGCUUUAGACAUGGAGGUCAAACAAAACUUUAUUGAUCCCUUGCAGAAUAUUCAUGAUAAAGACUUAAAGGAAAUCCAGCAUCACCUGAAGAAGCUGGAGGGGCGACGAUUGGACUUUGACUAUAAGAAGAAAAGGCAAGGAAAAGUCACAGAGGAUGAGAUCAAACAGGCCCUGGAGAAGUUUGACGACUCCAAGGAGAUUGCCGAACAAAGCAUGUUUAAUCUUCUGGAGAACGAUAUUGAGCAAGUGAGUCAGCUUUCUGCUCUGGUCCAAGCUCAAGUCAACUACCAUAGACAGGCGGCAGAGAUUCUUCAGCAGCUGUCCAGCAAGAUCGAGGACAGAAUAAGAGAGGCAUCUUGUAAGCCAAAAAGAGAGUAUGUGCCCAAACCUCGCACCUCUUUGGAUUUCAGUGAGAAUCACAAUGGGAGUAUUGGCCACAGUGGUCCUUCUCGUUCACCAGCUCCAAUGGACCAGCCUUGCUGUCGGGCACUUUAUGAUUUUGACCCAGAAAAUGAGGGUGAGCUUGGCUUCAAGGAAGGUGACAUCAUCACCCUAACCAGCAAGAUUGACGACAACUGGUAUGAAGGAAUGGUGAACGGGCAAUCUGGCUUCUUCCCCGUCAACUACGUGGAUAUCCUGGUAGCUUUGCCUCAUUAAGUUUCCUGCAUGCACCUAACCGUGACCUGACCAAUCAAACCAGUUCUUCAACGAGAGCAAAAGUCACCAAAACAAACAGCACAAAAUGCUCUGUUAUGGUUAUUUGCGCAUAGAAAAUAAGCAGUUAUGAGUGCCCUUUCACAAAAUACUGUUCCUGACUGGGAAUGCCACUAUUUUGUUGUAUUAUUAAUUUAUUCAAUGUAUUUUAUCUUCUCUUUUUUGAGGUUGAUCAGACCUCUGCAUUGCCUGCUGCUAUGCCUCCUGUAUGUUCAGACGUUGUGUGUGUUUUAUUCUUUUUUGCCUGUUCCUAUUCGCAACAGCAAAUCAUGAUUGGUCUCUUUAUCACACCGUUUGAAAAAAGAAAAUGUGUAAAAUAAAAUAUCUCUCAUUUAUUUUGGUAUUAUCUAGCGUAAUGUUUAAGUGAAUGAUGAUGGCAGACAAACAUUAAGAGUUGUUUCCUUUCUUCAUUACUUUGAAAUUGCAAUAACUACACAACCAAUAUCUGUUCACACCUUUAAUGGUCAUAGAGUGAAAUGUUCCACUGUUCGUUUAAUGUCCUGCAACUGGUUUUAGCCUUUAAGUGGUGUUAGAUUUGACUAUUUAAAUAGAUAAAUAUUUAUCAACAAAG